CUCCCCUGGAUGCAUCACUUGUGAUUGUCGUUGACUAUGUGAAAAGAUCUCAACGUCUUCUCCACAAAUUAAACUUAAAACCAUGCCCGAUGGGAGCGCGGACGACUACGACGGGUUUCAGACCCAGUUCGCGCACAUCAUGGAAACUAUUUUACAGACUGCUGUCAGGGAAGCGACAAAACUUUACGACGGCACUUUGCAGCGCUUGAAAGCGGAAUUGGUGCAGCUGAGACAAGACAAAGUCAACACGAAGACAGGUGAUACGUCCAUCCAGAGCACAAAGAGGUUCUCCGACGCCGGGAAACAGGGGGCUGGAACCGGCUCUAAACGUGAUAUUGGUGUGCAGUGUGAAAAGCCCACUUUGGUUGACCGGGGAUGCAGCCCUCUUCAGUUUCUAGACCAUCUUAAUGUUGGAGACAUAACUAGCGAUAAACUCACAGAUCUAUGUGCCAGUGAGGAUGGGAACAGACAGCUUGCAUUGCUGCUCAUUAAAAAAGAGCCUCAAGAGACUGAAUGCAACAGCUAUGCACCAGGAUACUUUCUACUAAAGCAAGAGGGUGCUGAGCCCAUACUGGUGCGGAGAGAGCCAAAUAAGGACACCGUGGAAAGGGUUGUGAUCCCACCAGCAUUGCAAACAAUAACCAGGCCCAAUAACAACCAAAAAGGAAAGUCACCACCACCACCGGAGAUUCCUUCAUCUCGUAAUCGCAGAGUAGAUUCCAGUAGUCCAAAACCCAAUCAAACUAUAAAGCCCAGCAGAGGUACAUCUGAAAGAACAUUGGAAAACACAGAAGGCUUUUCUUCCCAAAACAAAAAUCAGAAUGCCAGUGUACCAGCGCAGACAUCCACUUUUUCAACACUUCCCAAUUCAACACAGACUCCUGCAUCCAAUGUUAACUCAUCCGUGCCAAUGAUUGAGCUGUCUGGUGCUCCAUCAGUUCCUCCAACCAAGCCAGCAGCUUCAUUAGUUCAUCGCCGACCAAACCCAAAUCCUCAGACAUCAAACCAGAAAGUAGUCCUUCAGAAAGAGGGGUCAAAUAUCUGUCAAAACGCCUGCCUAACUCCUGUUCCUCCAAGUCAAGUCUCAUUAACCGAGCCUCAUUCCUCCAAACAACGAGUUCAGACAUUGUUUUCACAUACUGAGAAAUCUCUCUCAACUGUUGCCUCGCUAAACCAGGCCACUGAGCCAUUGCCCCAAUGUUCCUCUCAACUUACACAGCCACCGUUCUUUCCACCACAAUUUGUAAAAACACCAGCCCAAGCGAUGACUCCACAAAUACACGCUGUCAUGCCAUCAGGACACGUUCCUGUCACAGCAGCUCCAAAUACACUUCCACCAGUCCAGGAUCAGAUCCUCUCAACCGGGAUUGUUCCUCCUCAAUCCCAAGUUUUUGCAUCCCCACAGGUAAUGCCAGCACAUUCUGUGAAUUCAAGUUCAGCAUACCAGUUCCCUUUGGUUCUGCCACACAAUCCAGUUCAGGCGGCGCCACCUUCUUAUCUUCCAACACAUGUUCCAUUUACUUCUCCACAUAUUUCAGUUAACGCCCUUCAGGGAUCCGUCUCCUUAAACCCACCUCAACCUCCGCUCACGCAGUCUCAAUAUUCACCACAAUCCGAUCAUUUCUCCUCUUCUACAGACCAGUAUUUUCCUCCAUCCGAUAGCCCGCCAGGUUUGCUUGAAUCGCUUGAUACUUUGCAUUUGAAUUCGUCUGUCGUGAUAACGCCACAAGAUGCUCCAGAGCAGGCACCGAUGCACCAUUUUCAGCCGUCUGGGCAGUUUGCGCCCCUGCUAACACUGAAGGAGCAACAAGCCGGCGCUACAGCUAACGUUGUUUUAGGGCGACUACCCAUUCCGUCUGUAGAUACCUCUGCAUCUCCCGUCCACAACUUCGAAGCAGAUGUACCAUUUUCCACAUGUUGCACAGAGAGAAAUGACAAAGACCUCUCAGAAGAUGAUGACACACCCACACUCCAGUCUAGACUGAGAAAACAGAGAAAGAUUUGCUCCAAAUUGAGACAAACAGAUGCUGAAGGUGAGGAUGGCACACUUACAGUAAAGGAUAAGAAGGUGGAUCAGGUGCAGAACAACUUAAGUGAAACACCACGUUCCGGGUCGAUUAACGGAAAACAGCUAUUUCCAAAACUUUCCGGUAAAACCCUGCAGAGAAAUACGAAGUGUCCCCAGUGCGGAAGGGUCCUCAGCAAUGCAUCAGCCUUGGAGAACCACAUGAGACUUCAUACUGGCGAAAGACCUUACACGUGUUCCCAGUGUGGAAAGGCGUUUCCUAGUGUCCGAGGUCUUAACAGGCACGUGAAGGUCCAUGCAGAGGAGAAGCGCUAUCAGUGUGAGCAGUGCGGGAAGAGUUUUGUGUACCACUUCACCCUUACUAAACAUCAGCUUAUUCACUCUGGAGAAAGGCCAUUUCCUUGUAAGGUUUGCGGAAAGAGAUUUUUGGCCAAGGCAGACCGGGCUACCCAUAUGCGGAUGCACACCGGAGAGAAGCCGUUCUCGUGCACUCUAUGCGGGAAGAAGUUUAAACACCGAGUCGCUUUGAACAUGCAUAUGCAGGGGCAUAGAGGAGAGAAACGCUACAUCUGCCCCCACUGUGAAAAGGGAUUUGUGGAUCUAGGCAAUUUUAAAAGACACAAGCUCAUCCACACAGGGGAAAGACCGUUUGAGUGCAAGCAAUGUGGGAAGCGCUUUACUCAGUCGGCCCAUCUCAAGAAACAUGUCAACACUCAGCAUGUUACAUGAAGAAAAUCGUUUCGAUUGUUUCAGUUUAUCUACUGAUAAAUAUUCUGUUGCAGAAAAUAAAAUGGUAUCAGGCAUCACUGUAAAUUAAUUUAUGAAGACGCAUUUUUAAAAGAGAAAAGUAAAAAAAAUAACUGCUUUAAUUACAGGCUAUUCCAUAACUCGGUUACAAAAGUACAUUUUAUUUCUUGUAAGUACCAUGGCUUCUACUAAGUACCUAAUUAGGUAAUUACUCUUUAUUAUGACACUUUAAAAUAAAGGGUCACCAACUGCUUGCUAUUAUUUAAAGUGCUUUAAUGAAGCACGUUUAAAAUGUGAACUAACUUGAUGAUUUUUCUAUUCUUUUAUAAAUGUGAAACUUAAUGCUUGUUCAUUUUUAUGUGUAUAAAUUGUAUUUUUCUACUGUCCAUCCUAUUAAACAAAUAUCAAUAAAACACCUUGUGUCA